AUGAGUCCCCUUAAACCUGUCAUUUCACCAGUGAUGGUGACAUUAGAACCAUCAGCCACAUCAAUAGUCCAUGGUUGUCCCGGUGUACCGCGUAGUAUCCCGCGGAUCGAAACCGUAAUUCACAUCAGAUCACUUACGGGCGCACCAUUUGACGUUCGAAGUGUGGGAAUCGCCAUGAGCACGGUGCAGAAAGUUUCAAUGCCCACGAAGUUCGGCACCAAUGAUUCAGUCAAGGAUUUUAAAUGGUUUGAAAACCCGCUAUGUUAUCGCCCCCCUGUGGGUGAGUUCUACCUGAAGCUUAUUGGAAUCGAUAUCCCGAUCUUGAUUCCAUUGCCGCGAGAUGUGGUCAGUAGCGGGUAUGUACCGAGUUGUAACGCCAGCACUGUGCAUAAAUUAAGUGUCAAAGUGUCCUGUGGUAAGACAGCGGAGACCGAAACUAAUUUCGUAGAGAGCUUCCCCAUUGCCAUAAAGUGUUAUGAUACACUUCCCUUGUACCGACAAUACAAUGAACCAGUAUUGUAUCAAAUGGUGACGAAUGAUAAUCAAGUGAUUGUGGAAUGUAAAUUGCCCGUGAGUUCCAUUGGACCCGGUGAUAAUAUCAACUUGGAAUGUAAUGUUAGAACAAAUACGGCGAAUAAUAGACUACAUAAACAUAUACAGCUAAAACAAUUGACGUUGCAAUUAAAGGAGAUUAUAGAGUGUUAUGAUGCUGGGUUGCCACCUAAGAAGGAAUUCAAACUAGUUUCCACCACUCAAGUAUUUAAGAAUCAAGAAAUCCAUGCCCUGCCAUUCAACCACAAUUUCCAGAUAAAGUUUCCCUACGAGAACGAUUACUUGUCGUUAUUUUCCCAGCCGGAAAUUCCCCUUGAUCCCCAGUUGGAAGACGACUGCUCCACCACGGUGAUUGAAUCGUACAACAUAUGUAAAGUCAGACAACUCGACAAACUAGAAGAAGGAAUUCCCUUGACACACAUCCAGGGAUUCACCAAAGUGGGGAAAUUCUACUCAAUCAGAUAUGAACUCAUAGUCAAAGCCAAGUUUAGCCAUGCCAAAGAUGUGAAUGUGAACAUACCGAUCACUGUCAGUCCCUACGAUCGAGACUGUUCUGAGUAUCUUCUCCAAUGGAUCUUAUACGAAUGCGACGUUGCCAAACAAACAUACGGUAAACAGCUAGUGGAGGAGUAUUGUGCAUUAGGGGACAGAUACGACUAUGUCGUUAGUUUAAUGUCACGGUUUGUGGAUGCUCCUACUUGCUAUCGAUAUAGCAUAGAUGAAUGGAAGCAUUUGGGAUAUAAUAUGGAUGCCAUAGGUGUGGCUAAUGGUAUAGAUGGGACUCAGUCAUUAGUAGGGUAUAUUGAUUAA